CCCUCUUGCUCUCACGCACCCCCUGAGCAGUGAAUCGUCUGAAUUCUGAAUAGUAUCAGCUGUCAGAUCCCGAGCUCUUACCUCCCGGGUCAGGAGCGGAAGCGUCCAGCGCAGUGAGGAUCGGUACAAGUUCACUUUCUGAGCAAUGUCAUGUUGACUCGGCCAGCAUGUGGAGAACCACGAUAAUCUACUGCCACGUUCUCACUCUCACGAGCCAGCUAGUGCGGCCACAGGUGAACAUGCCUGCGCUCGCACCGGGAAACUGCAGCUUGGAGUGCGUUCGGCAGGGGUCCCCAGGGUGUGAGUACUGCAGGAUCAGCAGACAAGAUGUGGAGACGAGUCUGGGGAUGAGGUCUCUGGAGCAGUUAGGGAGUUGUGUCCCGUGGCCAUGCAAGUCGUUGCUAGGUGACGAGGAUGACGCGUGUCAGCAUUACGUUGAGGCCCCGCGUGACUUGACGGUCGACUUCCUUCCCGACCAGGACCCCAAACACGACACCAUCAUGGUCUCCUGGAGACCCAGCCCCUAUGGCAUCUCCUUCCUGAGGGGCUUCCAGGUGCUGCUGCAGGUCCUGGGAGGAACCCGCUCCUCCUGCCAGCUGCUGCUGCUUUCUAGCCGCACCUCCCUCUCCCCCUCCCAUGCACACAGGGUGUACAGGUCUGACCCCUUCCCAGGGCUGGUUCUGGGGGCUCAGUAUGUGGUGACAGUCCUGGCCCUGCCUGUGCCUGAACAGUGGGACCGAUUCUACCAGAGCAAGACCUUCUCUACACGCUCGUGCCCAGAGAAGAUGGGUCUGGACCAGUGCAGGAGAGACUGGUACCCCAGACACAUUGAGGUGCUGCAACAGGGGUGUGAUGUCACCGUGACCUUUAACCUCGCCCCUCCCAACCUGGACAUCCACCACUACUUCUCCCUGUGCUACGGAGAAGGCCUGAACAGAUACACAGCCAUCAUCCCUAGCCCCGGGAACAGGACUCACCACAGCUACCUGAUCCAGGGCCUGCAGGGGGGACACAACUACACCUGUGAGAUAGCAGCAGAUGAAGUGGACUCGGUCAGAAAGGCCUUCAGCAUUGAGGUGCUGCACAUUCAGACAGACCCCUCCUCCCUGGCAACGGGUUCAGGGUCUCCGGCCCUGCUGCUUCCUGUAGGCCUGGCUCUGUCCGCCAUAUUUGUAGUCCUGCUGUCGGUGCUGAUCAGGAGACGAUCUCGUCUGUGGAUGAAGGCUCUGGACAUGGCGAGGCCAGACACCACACAGCAGCAUCCUGACCAGAGUGGCUCACCAGAGGAAAUUAUAUCACCAGAGGAAGUGACAUCAUUGACCAGCAGCAGGUCGACGCCUCCUCGGCUUCUGAUUUGCUACAGCAGUCGGGAUGGCCCCGCCCACGUCAGGGCUGUCAUGCACCUGGGAGCCUUCCUUCAGCAACACAUGGCCACUCAGGUGUGUCUGGACCUGUGGGACUCUCUGAGCGUGGCGGAGGAGGGCAGGGUGGGAUGGCUCAGCCGGCGGCUGCAGGAGAGCGACUACGUCCUGGUGCUGUGCUCCCGAGGGAUGAAGACACACACCCCCCCGUGGGAGGAGGGGGAGGAGAGCAGCUCCUCCUUAGCCGUGGCCCUGAUUGCAGAGGAGCUGGGUCGCACCAGGGCCAAAGGUCAUGACCUCUCCAAGUACAUGACGGCCAUGUUUGAGUACAGUGCUGAGCGUGACGUCCCGGGAGCUCUGGGGCUGCUGAGUGCGUACCGGCUGCCCCGCGACCUGCCGCUGCUCUUCUCCCGCCUGCACCGCCUCGCCCUGCACCGGCCCGGAGCCGCCCUGAUGCUGCCCGGCCUGUCAGAAGAGGGCUAUGCCUUGCUGCCUGCAGGGGCCGCCCUGAGGAACACCAUCCUGGAGGCGGGGCUAGAAAGUAACGACUUCCUGGAGGUGGGGCUAGAGCAGUGGGCUGACAGAGGGGGCGGAGCUACAGCACCACAUACAGAGACUGUGUGAUUAACUAGCAACAUACAGAUAUACACUAGAGAUGCUAGGCCUAUUUCACUUCCAGUCUCUACUCCAACAAUGGCCCCAACUGCAGUGACAAUUACAGUCAUUCUACCAGGUAGUGUUUGGAGAAACAUAACUACCAAGGACUCUGGGAUACAUAACACAGUCUAAUCAACCUAAAUGUGAAAGUGAUUGUAUGUACAUAAUAUAUACAGUGUAUAUAUAUGAACCACAUUUACAGUUCAUCCCAAAUAUUGUACUCAUACUUAGCUCUGAAAUAAAAUCUUACACUGUGACUUUAUAUACAUGCAUAAUUUAAUAUAUGAAACAGAUCAGGCACUUGGAGACUGAUCAAUAUAAGCUCUGCAGAUUCAGAUCUCUGUGAUGUGUAGGGUGAUCGCAGAGCUGUUUUUUAGCAUGUAUAACAACUGAUCUGUUACAUGUUAAAAAGUAUAUUUGUGUUUAUAUUUGGGAAACACAUACUUCAAUAAUGUGGUGGGUGUGUUGGAUAGGUGACCAUGCCUUAUCUUUAAUCAAGUAAAAUAAUAAAGCUACUAAUUUAGAGGCA